AUGGCCCCCAUUCGUGUCGGUAUCAUCGGUCUCUCGGCGAAGCCAGCAGCCCUUAGCCCAGGUGCCUGGGCGUCCACCGCAUUUCUUCCAACAUUUCAAAAUUCCCCAGAGUAUGAAAUAGUCGCACUCUGCAACUCUUCUAUCGAAGCUGCUUGUCGUUCAAUAGAGUUCCAUCAGCUUCCAGAGUCGACCAGAGCAUACGGAAACCCUGACGAACUUGCAGACGAUCCGGAAGUUGAUCUCAUCGUCAUCAGUGUGGUGGUGACAAAGCACUUGGAUCUCGCAUUGCCUGCCCUGCAGAAAAGGAAGCAAGUCUUUGUUGAGUGGCCCCUCGGCAAAACGACGCAGGAGGCACAGCAGAUGACGGAGCUGGCGAAAAACUAUGGUCUCCAAACACUUGUCGGCCUCCAAGCUCGUGGUGAUCCUGCGGUUGUCCAUCUAAAGGCGAUCAUUGAGAGUGGUGAGAUCGGCGAGAUCAAAAGCACCUCUGUUUUGGGGACUCUCUUUCACAUACCUCCUCAGUUUUGGGUUCAGGGCAUGGAACAAUAUCUCGAUCUCAAAAGCGGAGCUAAUUCUUUCCACGUUGUUUUUGGACACUUCUUAGACUCCUUCACCUACAUCAUCGGUGACUUUGAUACCAAUAGCAUUUCUUCGAUCCUGAAGACAGACACUACAGAGAUGGCCAUUUACACGCCCGAUAGGAGCAAAGUGGCAAUUCCGGCGUGCCCAAAAACCGCACCGGACCAUAUCUUGGUGCAAGGCAAGCUGAAAAGCGGCGCAACAGCUUCCAUCAAUUUCCGCACAACCCAAGCUACUUUGGAUGGUGUUGGAAUCCGCUGGAUCAUUACUGGCUCCAAGGGCGAGAUCGAGAUGGUUCAAAGUACCGUGCCGAAGCCCGUCAGUGGGCAGACUCCAGCAAAUCAUCAAAAGCCCAAACACAUCGCUAUACUCGACACAGACGUUACAGUCCCAGCCGUUCAAUCAACAUACGGCAAGUACUACAGCGCACAAUAUAUAAAGCUCCUCACAGCAGCCGCAAGCCGCCUUGACCUAGCCGGUCGCGUCGAGUUCAGUACCUGGGACGUCGUCUCAGGAGCCUACCCCAACCCCGCCGACGUCGAUGCCAUCCUUAUCACAGGCUCAAUCGCUGCUGCAUAUGACACUGACCCAUGGGUCAUUAAGCUUGGUGCUUUCAUCGAAGAAGUCUAUGCCCAACACACUGGAGUCCGCAUGUUUGGCACUUGCUUCGGGCAUCAGCUCAUCGGCCAGGUCCUUCUUGGCCCGCAUGGCGCUGUAGUGGAGAGGGACCCGAACGGGUACGAGUUUGGAGUGCAGACGAUCAACCUCAACCACAAGCUCAUCGAGGAUUUCCCUUGUCUUAAGAAGCUCGGAAGAGUUGAGGAGAAGGAUACUCAUGGGCUUCGACUUCAGAUGUGCCACGGCGAUCAUGUUGCGCUACCGAAACCCUCAGGCAAGCUACCCGGGUCCUGGAUAAACAUCGGAGGCAGCGCACAUUGCCAAGUUCAGGGCCUGUAUGAGCCGUCAAGAGUUCUGACUAUCCAGCCCCAUUUCGAAUGUGACCAGCCUAUCAUGGAGGAGACUAUCAAAUAUUUCUACACACCAGAGAAGGGCUUCUCUCCCGAGUUCCUCCAGAAGGCAUUUGAUGGAACAAGGAAAGAGGAUGAUGCUGGUAUUGCGGCUGAAUGGGUACUAAGAUUCUUAAUUAGUGUGUGA